UCUAUCAUACUAUGCGCAGGUUCUUGCAAUUUUAGCGAGAUUGUCCUAGCGCAAACAAGGAUAUGGUUUGUUGUUCCCUUGUUUCAUGUGUUUCUUAUGUUUAUUAUUUCUUGUUUAGCAGAAACUAAUCGAGCUCCUUUUGAUCUACCAAAGGCCGAGGCAAAACUCGUAGCGGACUACAAUGUAGAAUAUUCGUCCAUGGGGUUUGCUUUUUUUUUAGGGGAGUAUUCUAAUAUGAUCUUAAUGAGUAGUCUAUGUACAUUGCUUUUUCUAGGAGGUUGACUGCCCACAUCAUUUCACAUC